UUUUAGAAAUAGCUGAGUGAUGUCUUCAAGCUUGAUGAAUGUAAUUCCACAGCUACCUCAAAUCCCGCUUCUCCCCGAUUUUCCAAAAAACCUCUUGUCAAUGGGACCCCUUUUGCCGCCUAUAAUUCCACUUUUGCCCCAACUCGCUCAGUUUUCACUUCCCGGUCAGUCCGCUCCAACAACUACAACAAAGAAACCGAAACAACCUGCAAAAAAACGUGUGAGAAAAUGUGCGGAGGUGUACCCAAUCACUGAGCCAGUCAGACUGAUGCCGCUCGGAUCACCAGACCUUGUAAUCUAUGAAGGCCCUAUGAACAAACGUCCUGCUCAUAAUAUGCAGUUUCAAAUGAGGGAAAUAAAAGCAGAACCAGUUGAUACAUAUGAAACCACGACACCAGCACCAACUAUUCAGCAGCCACCAGGUUUUCCAAUGUCAAUCACCGGAGGCAUACCACAAAUGGGUCCUCCGUUGUUACAAGCUCCAUUUUUUCCAAAUCCGUUUUUUGUACAAAAUAUGAUGAUGCAACGCACGAUGGGACUUCAAUCACCAAAUGAACGUGUUUAUUCACUUCUUCAGGAAGAUUACGCAAGGUGGAAACGAGAGUUUUUUAAGACUUCAAUCAUGACAGCACAAACGAAUAGCGCAUUAAAACGCCACAUGUGCUUUCUCACAAACAAGGAAACACUGCCAACUGAGAUGCUCAUCAUUGAAAGCAAAUUCGAACAUAUUAGAAUGAAGAUUGUGGAAAGGUUGAAUUACGAUCAGAAGGUUGUUCUCUAUAAAGAAUUGAUCCAAAACUUGGUUGGCCUUGAAUCACUCGUGGGUGACAAACGGGAAGAGCUGGAACCAUUUGAGUUGUUCAACUGGCUGGACGGGCAACUGAUUCCAUUGGAGCAGAAACAAUAUUUUCACAUUGUCUUGCCGAGCUACAAAGAUAUGAUGGAUCUAAUAAGCGAUACAUUCAUUAGAUUAAACUUGAAGGGCAUUGACUUUAGUCAAAGGCAGAUUUUCAUAAGUGCCCUGAGACAUGAUUGGAGUGACCCAAAAACGUACAUAGCACGAAUAGAAGCGUUGAGUCCUGUGGUUAGGAUGGCGCCGUUGAGAAUUCUUGACAUAUUGGAACGAACUCGGACUGAACUGCGCAAUGCUAUCAGAGAAAAAGGGUACUACUGGUCAAUCGACACAAUUCUUCCCGUAUUUGAUUAACGACAGCUUCGUUUUUUUUUAUAUUGUUGUUAAUUUAUUAUUGACUACAUACAAAUUUAUGUUGACAACGUUUACAGUGACUAUAAAUAAAGUGUCUAGAUACA